GCCUGGUUUGGAGCCGCGGAGCCGCGCGAGCGCGCGCGCACCGCUGCGCAGCGCAGGGAGCGGGCUGGGGUGCAGGAGUCGGGCGCGGGGUCGGGCGCGAGGAUGAUGUACCCUGUGAUCCGGAAGCUGCAGCACAAGCGCGUGGUGUUGGCCAGCGCCUCCCCGCGCCGGCAGGAGAUUCUCAGUCAAGCGGGUCUCAGAUUUGAGGUGGUGCCUUCCAGGUUUAAAGAGAAGCUGAAUAAAUCGUCAUUCCCCACCCCUCACGCAUAUGCCAUCGAAACAGCGAAGCAGAAAGCACUGGAUGUGGCCCGCAGAAUGCACCAGAAAGACCUCAGGACCCCCGAUAUCAUCAUCGGAGCAGACACGAUCGUGACCAUCGAGGGCCUGAUCCUGGAGAAGCCUGUGGACAAGCAGGACGCGUACUGGAUGCUGUCCCGGUUGAACGGAAAAGAACAUAGUGUGUUCACGGGUGUCGCCAUCAUCCACUGUUUCAGCCAAGACGGCCAGCUGGAUGUGGAAAUCUCGCAGUUCUACGAGGAGACGGUGGUGAUGUUUUCGCAGCUGUCGGAGGAGCUCCUGUGGGAAUACAUCCACAGCGGGGAGCCCAUGGACAAAGCCGGAGGAUACGGCAUCCAGGCCCUGGGCGGCAUGCUGGUGGAAUCGAUCCACGGAGACUUCCUCAACGUGGUGGGCUUCCCGCUAAACCACUUCUGCAAGAAGCUGGCCGAGCUGUACUUCCCGCCAGGCGCCGUGGGCCUGCAGCGGGUGAAGCACGACUCCAUCCCCGCCGUGGACACCUUCGAAAACCUCAGCGAAGAGGAGGGUGCUGGCCUAGACCGCGGGGGGGCCCAGGCUCGGGGCACGCAGGAUGCUGGUCACGACAGGACAGCGGAGAGCCUGCCCCCGUUCCCGACGGGCCUCCUGGAGCUGAUAGCCGGCUUCCAGGCAUCGAAGGCCCUGUUCACGGCUUGUAAGCUGAAGGUGUUUGAUUUAUUACAACAUGAGGCCCCGCUGCAGGCCGUGGAUAUCGCCAGCAAAAUUGACACCUCUGAGCAUGGGACAGGACGUCUACUGGACGUCUGUGUGGCCCUGGGGUUACUGGAGAAGACAGAGAGAGGUUACAGUAACAGUGACCUGGCCGCCCUGUACCUGCUGUCGGACGGCGAGUUCUCCCUGCAUGGCUUCAUCGAGCUGAACGACGAGCACACGUGGGCAGCCUUCACCCACCUGGAGUCUGACGUCCGGGAGGGCAGCAGCCGGGGCCACCGGGCUGUGGGAGACGAGGCAGAAGGCCUGCUUCAGGACUCCUGCCCGGGCCGGGAUGCAAGGCUGUGCUUCAUGAGGGCCAAGCAUGGCCUCGCCAAGCUGACUGCUCACCAGGUGGCCACAGCCCUGGACCUGUCCCGAUUCACCUCCGCCUGCCAUCUGGGAGGCUGCACGGGCGCCCUGGCCCACAAGCUCGCCCGGGAGUACCCACGUCUGACGGUGACCGUGUUUGACCUCCCAGAGGUCAUUGAGCACGUCACGUGCUUUCAACCCUCGGGACCACAGACAGAACAGGUCAGCUUCGUGCCAGGUGACUUUUUCAAGGACAGCCUCCCGGAGGCAGACCUCUAUGUUCUUUCUGGAAUCCUACACGACUGGCCGGACGAGAAAGUGCACAGGUUGCUGAGCCGGAUCUCAGGCAGCUGCAAACCAGGCGGUGGCCUCUUGGUGGCAGAAGUGGCCCUGGACGAGGACCCACGGGCCGCCCGGCCGGGCCUGCUGAGGUCCCUGAGCCGCCUGCUACAGACCCAGGGCGGGGAGCGCAGCCUGACCAAGUCCCGGCAACUCCUGCAGCUACACGGCUUCACAGACGUGCAGGUGGCACGCACGGGGGACGUCCUGCACGUGGUCCUGGCCACCAGACCCGCAACCUGAGGGCCACGCUCGCAUGCUGUCACUGGACGGUCUCCGGGAGGCCCCCGGCCGGCUGUGCCUUAGCAUGGACGCCAGGUGGAAAGCAGACUGGAAGGGGGUGGGGGUCUAACCAACAGAUUAAAGAAUGUCAGCAGCA